AUGAGAGAGGUCUCUGUGCCAGUGUCCUACAGCAAGAGCAGAGGGUCUACACUGGACAAAGAAACUUCUUGGACCAGCGCACAGAAGAGAACGACAGAAAGACCAUGUGCUGAAACUGCUCCAGGUGAGACCAUGAAGCUGAACCAGGGACUGUCCAGGAAAGACCAGGAGCUGGAAUAUCAAGCCCAAGUCACACAGUCUUUGGAAUCAAAGCUGAAGAUACAAGAAGGACUGAUCGGCGAGAAGGACAGUGAGCUGAAAACAGUCAAAGUGACUCUGCAGAAGAAGGAGAAAGAACUAGAGGAGCACAUUAAGGCUCUGAAGGAGAUACGGCUCCUGUACAACACUGCUGUGAUGGACAAAGUCACGCUCAAGCAGGAACUCUCCAACUCCAAAAGACUCUCCAGAACAACUGCUCUGGAUGUCCCCAAACAAAACCAGCUGUCCCAGACUGAGAAGCAGCUCUACUCUGAGCUCCAGUCCACCCAGAGGGAGGUGAACUGUAUCAACUCCAAGAAUAAGGAUUUGGAGUUUUCAGUCAAACAACAUGAGGACCAACGGUCACAGCAGAAAAGACUCUCCAUCACAGACAAGAACAAGUGGGCGUCCAGGCGUCACUACUAA